AAUUAAUCUUUUAUUUGAAGAUCCUGGACGUUAAGAAAUAAGCAUGCAAUGAACUCAGCUGAGAAUUCUGUACAUUAUGUAAAUACGGUUCAGCACAAAGCUAUUAUUAUUAUCUUACUUACUUAUUAUUAUGACAAUGGAAGGCCAAUCACCAAAGAGGCGGAGCAAAGGAAACACUGGGAUGAACACUUCAAAAGACUUCUAAAUCGACUGCCACCUACAACGCGCCCAAUAAUACCAACAGUGGAAGCAGAACUACCAGUGGACAUCAACCCUCCAACGAAAACAGAAAUCCUGAAGGCAAUCAAGAUGCUAAAAACUGGAAAAGCAGCAGGACCAGACGGAAUCCCAGCAGAAGCAUUGAAAAUGAACCCAGAGACAUCAGCGGACUUGAUGACACCACUACUGGAGAAAGUGCGGAGAGAGGGCAAGGCACCUGAGGAUUGGAAGAAAGACUACCUAUUGAAACUGCCAAAGAGAGGGGAUUUAGGUCAAUGCAAGAACUGGAGCGGCAUUAUGCUUCUGCCCAUCCCAAGCAAAAUACUAAGCCGCAUCAUCCUGGAGAGAAUCAAACACCCCCUGGAUGAAAAACUUCCUGAACCUAAUUCCCGACGUCCCGACGUUUUGGAAACAGAAUAAAGUAUUCUGAGAGAAAUCUUCAUCCAAAAUGGAUACCCAAUAAGAUUCAUUGAAAAAAAUAUCAAACCGAGAAUUCGGAGAAACGAAACUUUAAUUGCGCCUAAAAAGAAACUCUACAUGAACUU